AUGGCCGCCGAGUCUGAGAUUGACCAGACUCCCAAGGUCGUGCCCGCUGCGGCCGACCCCGAGAAACUCCUUCAAGACUCCGAGUCCUCGUCUGCCACCAACGAGGUGAGCGCUCUUCCGGCCGAGAAGACUGCUCGUCACGCCCACUGGAAUGGCACAACCGAGACGCACCAGCUUGAGCCCUCUCCCACCCAGGACAAGCAGGAGAUCACCGAGGAAGAGUGCUACGACCAGCUGGGAUACGCCUUUCCGGAGUGGAAGAAGUGGACCAUCUUGACUGUCAUUUUCCUCGUGCAGAUCUCCAUGAACUUCAACACAAGUCUGUACUCCAACGCUCUCGAUGGUAUUACCGAAGAGUUCAAUGUCUCUGCUCAAGGCGCUCGUUGUGGUGCCAUGAUCUUCUUGGUCUUGUAUGCCUUUGGUUGUGAGUUGUGGGCCCCCUGGAGUGAGGAGCUUGGCCGAAAGCCUAUCCUGCAAGCCUCUCUCUUCCUCGUCAAUAUCUGGCAACUCCCCGUCGCUCUGUCCAAGAACUUUGCUACUAUCAUGGUUGGCCGUGCCCUUGGUGGUCUGUCUUCCGCCGGUGGCUCUGUCACUCUCGGUAUGAUUGCCGAUAUGUGGGAGGCCGACACCCAGCAGUAUGCCGUUGCCUUUGUUGUUUUCUCCUCUGUCGGUGGCUCUGUCUUGGGUCCUGUCGUCGGUGGCUUCUGCCAGCAAUAUCUCCACUGGCGCUGGUGCAUUUGGAUCCAGCUCAUCUUCGGUGUUGUUGUUCAAGUCAUGCACUUCUUCAUGGUCCCCGAGACUCGCUCCACUAUCAUGAUGGACAAGAUUGCCCAGAAAAAGCGCAAGUCCGGCGAGAACCCCAACAUCUAUGGUCCGAAUGAACUCGUUCCCUUCCGUGAGCGCUUCUCUGCCAAGGAAAUUCUGUUGACCUGGAUCCGACCUUUCCACAUGUUCUUGACCGAGCCUAUUGUCUUGACUCUGUCUCUUCUCAGUGGUUUCAGCGAUGCCCUGAUCUUCAUGUUUAUCCAGUCCAUGUCUCUUGUGUAUGCUCAGUGGGGCUUCAAUGCCUGGGAAAUGGGUCUUUCUUUCCUCCCCAUUCUCGUUGGCUACUUCAUUGCCUGGUUCUCUUUCUUCCCCGCCAUCAAACGCAACAUCCGAGAACGCCGUGAGAAGCCAGACUCGGAAACUGCUCAGUACGAGUCUCGUCUGUGGUGGCUGCUUUACACUGCUCCCUGCCUUCCUAUCGGCUUGAUUGGAUUUGCUUGGACUUCUCAAGGCCCCCCAAUCCACUGGAUUGGUUCUAUGAUUUUCUCUGCGAUCAUCGGUAUCGCCAACUAUGCCAUCUACAUGGCCACUAUCGAUUAUAUGAUUUGCGCUUAUGGCCCCUACUCUGCCUCUGCUACCGGUGGCAAUGGUUGGUCUCGUGAUUUCCUCGCUGGUGUUUUGACUAUUCCGGCCACUCCUUUCUUCCAAAACAUUGGUGGUAGAUAUCACAUCCAAUAUGCAGUGACUAUCCUCUUCGCCAUUUCCUUCUGUCUCGUGGUUGCCGUCUACGUCAUCUACUGGAAGGGACCAACCCUUCGCAAACGCUCUCCAUUUGCCCAACAGCUGUCGGAUGCUCGUGCGGAUCUGGACGCCCAAGGUCGCCGCCCGUCUGCCCUUACAGGCUCCCGUGCCAACUCUUUUGUUCGUACGCAACAGAACAUCCGUGUGCACCAGACCAUCGGCAGUCGCGCAGGCUCUCGCGCCAACUCGCGCGCCAAUUCGCGUGCCAACUCUCGCCGCAACUCGUUGGUUGCUGAGUAG